UUCUACUUUUCCUAUUCUUCUCAGUUCUCGGACAACCAGAGCAGAGAAUGAUCUUGCGCCAAAUCCUCCGUUCCUAUCAUUCCGAAACGCUCCUUAAACUCGAAAACCAUCCGCUGAACCCUUUUGCAUCACCGCAUUUGAUCUCCCCCAGACCCUUUUCACUUUCGUCUUAUUUCAAACCCCUAGAAGACGCAGAACCAAUUAGCUCUGAGAAUGCUGUUGGAGAAAAUAAGAAAUCAAGAAAAGCUUUGAAUGUUUACUUCAAAGAAGCUGUUGGACUCUUAAAAAAGACCCCAGAAGAUAUUGGAACUGAAAGUGAAGGUGAAAAUGGAGAGCUCAAGAAGAGAUUGAAGAAAUUGGAGGAGGAAUUGAGGGGCUUGAAGCAGAAAAAGAAGGAUGAGAAGGAGAAUUUGAAGAAUAAGGAGCACAAGAAGAAAGAGGGGGUGCAUAAGAAUGAAGGGUUGUCAAACUACGAGGAAAAAUCUGGGGGUUCAUCUUUAUCAUCGUUGUUCGCUAAUAAGUUUGGGAGGGAUGAUGGAAAAAAGAUGAAGGAUUUGAAAGAAUUGAGAAUGGAGGAUCCGGAGGUUUAUAAGGAGCUUUCUCCUGACAUGGAAAUGUUUGUGACGCAUUUAUACAAUAAUGGGUACUUUAAGGAUUCGAAUUUCUUGCCUAGGAAUAGGCUUGAUAUUAGUUGUUUCGAGAAUAGUUAUGCUCGAGAUUUUAUCAAGUUUGCAGCUGAGCAGUUUGGCAUGGAUAAUCAGGAGAUUGCAAAAUGGAUGUCAGGCAGCGACUUGAAAAAGCUGGCCCUUUUCGGUUGCCCUUCUCCUGGUAAGAAGAUUGUCUUUUCCGCUAAAAGAUUGCGCAGAUUCUUCAAAAUUCAGGAAAACACUGUUUGUGACAAAUGCGUGUUAAAACAAUCAUGCAAGUUUGUUAAUCAGAGUAUUUGGAGAAGCAAUGACAACAAUCUAGAUAUGGCGGUUGUAAUGAGGAUCAUUACCUCGUAUGCUUUGGAGUCAGGUCCUCCACAAUUGGUGGUGCCUGAUGAAAUAAAAGCUACUGUCAGGCGAUUGCUGAAGGAGGCUGUAAACCUUAGUCAAACUGUUGUGUCUUAGAGGCCUUUUUUCCAGAACCCAUAUCUGCACAAGCCUUUCAAGCAGCUCUGAUAAUUGUAUAGGAUACUAAACUAAUCUCACAGACCUUGUUGCACCAGGAAGCAUAUCUGGUCAUGUACAAGCAUGCCUUCAGAGCAACUAAAGUGCCAAGUUCAUGGAUUUAUUAGAGUGUAUGCUGAAACCUUGAACUAAUUUUAUGUUCUAAUCAAAUUUCUCGACUAUAGAAGGUUUUUGACU